UUGUUUUGUACAUUGUCCUUUGGAGUUGUGUCCCAUUGUUUUACUUCCAAUUAAGAUUUCUCAAGAAGACAAUUUUCCUAACCAUCAAGGUUUAGCACAGUAACUAAAAUAGGUGCUGUGAAGAUUAACGUCUCCUACUUGAAAGAACUAAAAUUAUUUUUUAAAGAUUUUUUUUUUAAAAAAGAAGAUUAUUCAAGCAUCGCUAAAUGAAACGCUCUAGAAAGUAUCCUUCUUUGUCAAAGUAAAAUGAGUAGCAUAUUCGAUACCAUUAAAGGCUUAAUUCAAAAAGAGAGAGUCAGAAUUGAUACUGACAUUUUUCGAUUACAUCACACUUAUUCUGUCUUCAUUAUUGUGGUCUUCAUAAUAUUUGUUUGUACGAAACAGUUUGCUGGAGAUCCCGUCAAGUGUGUUCAUACCGACACUGACAUACCAGAUAAAGUUUGGAAUACUUAUUGUUGGAUCCAUGGAACGUAUGUAGUUCCAUCGGCAUUUCACAAAAAAGUUGGAGUAGAAGUCCCUGCUCCAGGUGUAGAUGCAACUGAUGCAAUGAAAGAGCCUCAUAAAGUCAGAUUUCUUUAUUAUUAUCAAUGGGUAAUCUUUAUACUUCUUUUUCAAGCAACGAUGUUCUAUAUACCCAGAUGGAUAUGGGUUUCUUGGGAAGGAGGUACAUUAAAAGUUUUGACGAUGGAUCUUGACAUUUCCUUGAUUGAUGAGUCUAAAAAGGCACAAAAUUUACAAAUUCUGGCUGAUUAUUUCCACUCCAGCUGGAACACACACAACUGGUAUGCAAGGAGAUACCUCUUUUGUGUCCUUUUGUGUGUCAUAAAUGUAGUUGGACAAGCGUACAUGCUUGAUACUUUAUUAAAUGAACAUUUUUUUACUUACGGAAUGGAAUCUAUCAACUACUUUCGUUAUGGUGCAGAAAUGAGUCCGAUGAUAAGGAUAUUUCCACGCAUGUCAAAGUGCGAGUUUUUGGUUGGCAGUCAGUCUGGCGACAUUGACAAAAGUUUCGCCCUUUGUAUCAUGGGUUUGAACAGCAUUUUUGACAAAAUAUUCUUAUUCAUAUGGUUUUGGUUUCUGCUUGUCUUCAUUUUGACAGUCCUUGGAAUUUUGUAUUAUCUCAUACUAAUUUUGUGCCCGCCUUUUAGAGUAUUUGUUUUGUGUUACUUAUAUGGGUACGAUCACAGGAAACACAUACGUGUAUUAGUUGGAGAAGCUUCUUUUGGUGAUUGGUUUCUUUUAUAUCUGCUUGCAAGGAACAUAGAUUUUAUUGUUUUCAGAAGCCUCUUACGCGUGAUAGCUUGUAAGAUUAAGGAUUCGAAAGAUCCCGGCGAAGAUCAAGUGCGGGUGGAAGAUUCUACACAGUUUCCAAGUGACCCAUACAGGCAGUUCUCGAGUAGUAAAGUAAAACGUCUUUCAAGAGUAAGAAAAGCUGAUGAUGUAACACAUUCCGGUCUGGAAGAUCAACUUGAAGAAAAACCUGCUUACUCAAUACAACUUGAAAUUGGUAAAUCAAUUGAUCAGGAUCAAACUGAACUUUCGAAGCAGAAGGAAACCGACAGUGAACUCCAAAGUAUCUGGGUUAGGCUUUUUAGAGGUGCAAUCUCUUGGAUAAAUAAGAAAUAUCCGACCCGUAGAAAUUUGUAA